UUUGCCUUUUUCUGUAGCUGCUUGAGGUAUUCUGAGUGGAGCCUUUUAGUUUACUCUGGGAAUAAAUAAUAAUUUUUGCUUGAGCAAAGUUGUUUAUUUUGUUGUGGUAGGAGGACUCUGCCUUUGACUGGAUUGUAUAUUUUCAAGUCUUUAUUUUCUUCAAAGGAAGAAAGAUUGGCCCAGCAAGAUUUACCACGAGGGCCGAGAGUUGUCAUCACAGCUCUCAUCACAGAGUGAUUCAUGAAGUGGUCAGACUAAAGCAGUGACUUCAGAUGAUAUCCUUGGAACAGAAGAUCUUAUUGUGGAAGUGACUGCCAAUGAUGCCGUGAGGUUUUAUCCCUGGACUAUUGAUAAUAAAUACUAUUCAGCAGAUAUCAAUUUAUGUGUGGUGCCAAACAAAUUUCUCGUCACUGCAGAGAUUGCAGAGUCUGUCCAAGCAUUUGUGGUUUACUUUGACAGCACACAAAAAUCUGGUCUUGAUAGUGUUUCCUCCUGGCUUCCACUGGCAGAAGCAUGGUUACCUGAGGUGAUGAUCUUGGUUUGCGAUAGAGUAUCUGAAAAUGGUGUAAACCGACAGAAAGCUCAAGAGUGGUGUAUCAAACAUGGCUUUGAAUUGGUAGAACUUAGUCCGGAAGAGUUGCCUGAGGAGGAUGAUGACUUCCCAGAAUCUACAGGAGUAAAGCGAAUUGUUCAAGCCUUGAAUGCCAAUGUCUGGUCCAAUGUAGUGAUGAAGAAUGAUAGGAACCAAGGCUUUAGCCUUCUCAGCUCAUUGGCUGGAGCAAACCAUAGUAUUGGAUCAGCAGAGACCUGCCAUUCAGAGCAGUCCUGUUUGCCUGCAGCAGAGAGGACUGAAUCCCUCUUGGAUCAUCGAGGUGGUGCAUCUAACGCAACAGACACUCAGGUCGAUAGUAUUGUGGAUCCCAUGUUAGACCUGGAUAUUCAAGAACUAGCCAGUCUUACUACAAGUGGAGGAGAUUUGGAGAAUUUUGAAAGACUGUUUUCGAAGUUAAAAGAAAUGAAAGACAAGGCUGCGACGCUUCCUCACGAGCAAAGAAAGUUGCAUGCAGAAAAGGUGGCCAAAGCUUUCUGGAUGGCGAUUGGGGGAGACAGAGAUGAAAUUGAAGGCCUUUCAUCGGAUGAAGAGCACUAGGUUAUUCACGCUAAGGCUUGGCUAACAAAGACCCUAGCUCUCUCUUCCUGAGAUACUUCCCUGCUCAACCCAGUCAUCUUUUGCUGACUUCGCGUCACCAUGUUGGCCGCCUGACUUGUUCACAGGGUCCCGUUAAUUUUAGGUUUCAGUAGGGGGUAAAGCAGAAAUCUCUCCUCCCUCAGUAUAUUGUAAGGGAGUGCGAAUGACAGUAAGGAGUGAGAAAUUUUCAUAUACUUUUUUGCUCUAGGAACAGGAGUAGGAUGAGGCCCAGAGGCCUGUAGGAUAGGCCCAAGUUAAAGCAGAAGAACCACUAAGCCAUUCCUAGCCAGUCUCUUAAGCAGCACUCCCUGCGUUCACACGUGAUCACUGCGGAUCGGGACCUUGUGUCGCUUUUCCUGGGUUCUGAAUCUUUUUAUGUUAAGGAACUUGCUGCUCUGGGUGUGAUGCUUUUGAUGGGAGGAAAGGAAGAAGCUGCAGAUUUGAUCUGUGCUGUAGUUGAGAUUAUGGGCCAAAGCCACUGGCCCGCAGGUAGUCUCUUGGUUAAAAAAAAAAAAAAAAUGCAUCUGGACAUUUCAUUUGAAAUAUAGUAUCCAAGCUCAGGCUAGAAAGUAUUGAGAAACCAUUGUGAAUUUUUAGACUGUAAUAAGUGAUGCAAGGGUUU